AUACUGUGAUGGCUCGAUUGUUUGUUUUUGUGAAAUUUUUAUUAGAAAGUGCUAAGAAAGUGUAGAAUAAGUUAUAUAUUUAUCUCAUGAAACGCAAUAAAUUAAAAAAAUAUAAUAUUACUCGUAUUAAUAAUUAUUCAGUAAAAGAUAACUUCAUACUCGAGUGUAGUUGUUAGCCUUGAAGUAGAUGUCAACUAUAUGAGUCUUGUUUAUUUUACAUUUUAGUAAUAUUAGUCGUAAUUUCACGAUUAUAUGGCUCUGAUGUUUAACUUAUGGUUUGCAAAAAUUUCAAAGAGGCAUGUUUUACCCACGAAUUCGACAGAAAGGUGCAUGUUUAGUAGUUCUAUGUUGGACUUGUUUGGCAGUUCUGUGUGCCGCGUCCACAGGUCCUUGCGACAAGACUCGUAGAGUAUUCACUGAGCCGAGCGGAAUAAUAACCGAUGGCCCCAGCAACUCCAAUUAUACACAAGAUUCUCAUUGCGAAUGGCUCAUUAAGGCUGCCAAUAAAUCUCAAUAUAUCACAUUGAGUUUCAUCCGCAUGGGUACAGAAUGUUCCUAUGACUAUGUAUUUGUAUAUGAUGGAGAUUCGUUUGAUGCUCCGCUACUUGGUAGCUUUAGUGGGAAAACUGAACCUCAAAAUGUUACCGCAUCUAGUGGUUAUAUGUUAAUAUUAUUGUACAGUGAUACAAACUAUGUCCUUGAUGGAUUUCGGGCUACUUAUGCUAUUCAUAACUGUCCAAAUAACUGUACUGGUAGAGGACUAUGUAUACCAAAUAAAUGCUUCUGUGUAGGGACAUGGGGUGGUCCCGAUUGUAGUAUUGAGUUAUGCCCCAAUGGUUGCUCUGGAAAUGGUCAGUGUAAAGGAGAUAAAUGUAUUUGUAAGAAAGGAUAUUCAGGUGAAUCCUGUUCUCUUAAGAACAAUGAUAAAGAUGGCCAUAGUUGGCAUUGGCUUUCAAGGACAGAGAGUGGAAUGACGAAACGGGCAGCUCAUAGCGCAGUAUUUGUGAAUCUCACAAACUCUCUAUACGUGUUUGGAGGAUAUGAUCUUAAUAGGGUCUUAGGAGUAUUAGAAGUGUACAAAUUUUCUACUAGUCAGUGGUAUGAUGAAAACGGAAAAGUUUUACGAAGAUAUCCUACAAAUGAAGAAAUAGAUAAAUCGUUAUUGACCUUAUUUACUAAGGGUAACAUAGACGGCAGCGUGCAAAUAGGAAACCGGAGUUCAUUAUUUAAUUUACUUCUAACAUCAUUCUCUCACAAUGAUAAGACGUCAUUGCCUCUUAUGUACACACACCCGCCCUUACCAUACUCUGAAAGUUAUUUACAGUUUACUGAUAGACCAGAAUUUAUUAGUAAAUUAUCGAAUAGUACUAAACCCGAGCCGAGGUAUGGUCAUUCGGCUUGUGCGUUUGGGAAAGGAUUUAUUUUGUACGGUGGAAAGCUUUCCGAUGGUAGUUUGUCGUCUGAGUUAUGGUACUAUGAUGCUGUUGACAAUGUGUGGACAUUACGAGCAUUGAAUUCUUCGUUUACGCCACCGGGUCUUACACGACAUACAUUAACCGCUGUUAAAGAUGAAUUGUAUUUAUUUGGAGGGAGUACCGUCGAAGGAGAGUUUUCUUCUAGUUUGUACAAAAUAAAGAUGGGCGAAGCUAGUAGUGAGUCAUGGGAAAAAGUACAAGUGCGUGGGGGCAAAGAGUUAGAUGUCCGAGUGGUCGCUCAUACCACGGUAUAUCAUGAGCCAACCAAUUCUAUCAUUAUAUAUGGAGGAGUUGUCGCCAGCGUUGCUAGAUUCUCUAAGCUUUCAGACAGAAUGUUUACUUUUGAUUUGGAUCACAAACAUUGGAGUGAAAUACACUAUCCGCGCGCUCAGUUACGAGAAAUUUAUGUGCCUCGGGAAAGGGCAUUUCAUACUGCAACUGUUAUUGGUAACUAUUUGGUGGUAUUUGGAGGAUAUUCUCAUCGUCACAAUCGAGAGGAGAUUUGUUAUGAUGGUCAGAUGUAUCUGUAUCACCUGGGUUGCCAUGCCUGGAUACCACUAGAAGUUUUGGGAAAGACUCGCAAACAAUAUCCAAAGAAGCAGGGUGUUUUCGCUCAUGCCGCAGCACUCAAGCCUCCAUCCACUUUACUCAUCGCUGGUGGUUAUCACGGGAAUGUUAAUGGUGACCUGUUAGCGUACGUGCUACCAAGUUGGCACGCGGGUAUCACCAAUAAAGAUCCCGAGUCCGCUUGUCCUCGACAUCGGACUUCGCCAGAAUGCCUCGCUGAUCCAGAAUGCGGCUGGUGUUCCGCUGAUGAAAUCUGCUACGGCCGAACAAUAGGUUCGAAUUGUACAACAAAUUUGCAGUCUAUACGCUGUGGGGGUAUUUGUCCCGCCCUCGGGGAUUGUCAGUCUUGUCUCAUUCACGGCCCACCUUUGCGAGCGAAUAGUUCGAGAACACCAUUGUUUUCAGUUAGCACCAAACUGGGGUUGUAUCAGUGCAGUUGGUGCGUUCAAAAUGCAAGAUGUCAUCAUAAAGAUGAUAAUUAUGGUGUGUGCGGGGAAGACACGCCAUCAGAAAACCCAGGCUGGUGGGGUAGCAGCGGAACCGAAGUAACAACUCCCGAGGAAUGCAAAAUUCAGGACAAAAGACCGGGCCUGACAUUUCUAAGAUACCAACAACCCGCGGAUUGGAACCAUCCAGAUUCAGUGGCAGUUGUUAAUGCGACCACUGUUGAUUGGGUGGCAGGGGGAGGCAGCAAUAACAUCAUCGCUGGUACAAGCGAAACCCGUCUUAAAGGUUGGCUGCACAUACCCCAAUACUGGAACGGAACUGGCGAAAGCCUACAUGUUUGUGCUGGCCAUGCGAAUUUAACAGUGAAGCUGGGGGAUAAAAUAGAACACGUGGCAAAUAUCACCGCCUACCCUUUGGCCUGUUCUCCUGUGGAUUGGCCCUUAUUGUUGCCCGGAAGGUUGUUCGUCGACAUGUACGCUAAUGAUUCCCUGCAUACAGGCCUUUACCCGUCUCAUUAUCAUGCCAAAAUGGAGUUGCUUCAUAAUAAAUCUCAAGAGAGUACAAAGGUUUUUACGUUUGAAUUCCUCGAACCUUAUUCUGAAGGGAAAUGCUCAAAUUACGAUAAUUGCCUCCUUUGCCUUUCUGAUGCCGCUUGUGGUUGGUGUGAGUUAACGAAUCGAUGCGAAAUGAGGGACGUGGAUGAAGAAACAACUUGUACCUCUGACAAUGAAUGGAGAUAUCUCACUUUGCAGCCCGCGGCGUGUCCGAACUGUUCCAACUAUAUUAGUUGUGAGCGAUGUGUAUCAGGGAAUUACUGCGAAUGGUGGGCAGACGAAGCCAGAUGUGCCAGACGUGGCAGAGCGAGUGGAGCCAUCGUGGAUGCCUCAGAAUGUCCUGCUCCUUGCCGAAUGCGCCUAGACUGCGAACACUGCCUCGACGAACGGGGUCGCUGCGUUUGGUGCGAAGCCACAAGGCAGUGCUUUAGCUUCAGCGUAUACACGAGCGAAUACCAAUUCGGCCUUUGUCGAGAAUGGCUCGAUCGCGCCUCUUUACCCACAGAUGACGUCACCAAAAAAUCUGGCCAGUGUAAAUCCUGUCAAGCUCACGUGCAAUGCGCCACGUGUCUCCGAAGUAUGGGUUGUGGGUGGUGUCACUCAUUUGAAAAUCCUAUCAACGGCGUUUGUACGGAAGGAGAUUUUACCAGAUCACACGUGGACUGCGCUUCGCUUCUAAACGUCACAACGACGGACGCGGGAUGGGCGUAUGCGCAAUGUCCGGAUGUCGACGAGUGUGGGCUGGGCCUUCACGAUUGUCACGAAAACGCCGUAUGCAAUAACACACAUGGCUCUUACACUUGCAAGUGCAAACAGGGUUAUAUAGGCGACGGUCGGAAGACUUGUCUGAGAACUUGCUACAACACCUGCGUCCACGGUUUUUGCCUCGGUGCACCACAAUAUACGUGUCAAUGUGAUUUAGGGUGGACGGGAGCCGAUUGUUCGAUAAAUUGUGGUUGCCACAAUCAUUCUAUGUGCAAAACUGGUGUCGGACGAUGCGACGAAUGCCAAGAUUGGACGGAGGGUGAAUUCUGUGAGUCUUGUAAACCUGGAAGUCACGGGAACGCCACCACCGGUCAGGGCUGUCGUCGAUGCGAUUGUAACGAUCACGGAGACGAAACACGCGGUAUAUGCGAUGUAACCACCGGUGAAUGUAUUUGCAAAGACAACACGGAAGGACAAAAUUGUGAACAUUGUAAACCCAAAUUUUAUGGAGACCCCAGACAUGGAGGCAGAUGUUAUUACCAAUGUGAGCCCAGAGGCAUGUUAAAAGCCAACGAAACUGAAGGUAUUGGAUCGCACAAAACUGAUCCUGACAUCACAAGCAUCGGGCCGACUAAAGAAUGUCUAUGGAUUAUAUCAGCGGAGGACAUAAAGGAUGCCAUUAUUCAAUUUACAGUCAAUUCCACUACGCUAAAUGUGCCAUGUGACCAAAAUGCAGUAUAUGUAUACGAUGGAUUAGGAGGUGUACCCGAUAUGAGUAAUAACCAACAGAGUCAGUUGCUGGGAGUGUUUUGCAAUGGGGCUUCCUCGGGAGUGGUAGAAGCUCGCAGUGGGAACCUGACCAUACAUUAUAAGCAAAGUCAGAUCGAUCAAGGUUUUGAAGGCGUCUAUAAAGUGUUGGCCUGCGACGGUCAUUGCACGUGGCCUCGAGAUUGUACUAACGGGCAUUGUGCGUGUCGGGAGGGUUUUGGAGGUUUCGACUGUAACAUAGAAAUCUGCCGCAACAAUUGUAGUAGGCAUCUUAAUGGUGGAGUGUGCGAUAUGAACUACGGCCGUUGUCUAUGUAAUGAAGGAUAUGGUGGAGACGACUGCUCCUUAAAACUCGAUAAAAGUCAACUGGUAUUUACGGAGCUGUUCGAUUCGGACUUUUUAUCUGAUGGGCUGGAUCAUUUAAGAAAAACUUUACCACGGUUCGGGCAUAGUUUAGUCGCUGAUAGACGAGGUUUGUGGAUGUUCGGUGGAUAUUCAUUGUCACACGGACCCCUGAACGAUAUAAGGUUCUAUGACACCAAAAACAAUACAUGGAUGCAAGUGACAGUCGAGGCUACACCGGAUGCUAAAAUGCCCGAGGGCCGCUAUUUCCACGCUUCCGAAAUUUAUCAUUCAAAACAGAAUAUCUAUAUUUAUGGGGGAUUAAGUUUGCAAGAAAAGAGUGGACAGAAUAAGACGUUACGAGAUUUUUGGCAUUUUAGUUUGAAAGAUCAGCGAUGGAGUCAUAUCAAAAGUAAAGAAGAUCAGCCCCCACCACUUGCAGGGCACACGUUAACGUUGCAGAAAUAUCAGGAUUAUGAGAGUUUAGUACUUGUUGGUGGGUUUUCUCUUGAACAAGGAUUCAUGCCAGAUAUGUGGGAAUUCGACUUGGAUAAUAAUAAGUGGAUAAAGAUUAACUGUGUUGGUUCCAAACCGGAGGGUAUAAUCGGGCAUAGUACGGUCUACCACGCACCUUCCCAAAGCUUGUACAUAUUUGGAGGAAUUUUGUAUAGCUAUAACGGAACUAUGAUUUCGAAUAAGCUUUUCUCAUUCCACUAUCCCACUAAGACAUGGAGUGAGUUACCAACAUUUCCAGGACUUAAUGUUUUUGAGAAUCUACCUCGGCCUACGUUUUUGCAUUCGGCCGUUACGACAAAUGAUUAUAUGAUUGUUUUUGGAGGCAGAACAAUACCGGACAAAAGAUCAAAUUCACUUAUCGCAUAUGUGUACAGUUGUAACCAGUGGGUGAAACUCUCCAAAGGUCCCUCAGUGUUAGACCACCCUCCGCCCAGAACAAUAGCUCAUGCGAUGGCAAUUGACUUGGAAGAAAACGAUUGGAACGUGUACAUUGUUGGGGGAUGGACAGGCAGUGCCAACUGUCAGGUGACCCGCAUCACUCUACCCGAGGAUCUGUGUUCCUUAUGGAGUUCCAGCAAAAUUGAGUGCAGAAGUCACAUGGGUUGUAGUUUUUGCAGUACCGGGGAGUAUACAAAGUGCUAUUCUGUGGACAAACCAGGUUGCGAAGGGAGUGAUAGAGUCUCAACGAACGCCGGAGCUGCCUGUGACCAAGAAUUGGUGGCUAGAAGACCAUGUGAGAACUUCACUACUUGUACCACUUGUUUGGCUGCCUGGCCUUUGUAUCCUGAGGAAAAACCGGCUUGUCGCUGGUGUGAAACCUGUGCUGCCGGUGUAGGAGAAUGUGUACCUACGGACGAAUCAUGCACAAGUAUGAAAUGUAACGCCGGAACUACGUAUAUCAGUGAAGUUGAUCAGUGCCCAGAAUUAAGAUGUGUAGCAUCAGAUUGCGAAAAAUGUGUUUCUAAUGUAUGCUCAUGGACAAGACUAGCAAAUAGAGAAGGUCAACUAACAAGAAUCACGACCGACCCAACCGAUCUUUACAACUGGACGUGCAUACAAAACGAAGAGCAGGGCCGCACUACCAUUCGUGUUGCGUCUUCAAAACUUGGCUUCUCAUACUUUGGCUCAAACAGAGAGGAAUGUCCCAGUCGAUGCCAUUUGUACGACGAUUGUCAAUCCUGUCUAAGUUCCGAUGGGGCCGAAGGUGGAUUCUCAGAGUGUCACUGGGCGACAUAUUUGGGCACUUGUAUUUCACCAGCUUACCAGCCUUUGUAUUGUGCGGGAGGGGUUUGUGGGCUAGUUCUGACAAAGGCCGAUAAAAGCAAAUGUCCAGCGCCGUGUGGGACAUUCGACCAGUGUUCAGAAUGUUUGCAUCAUUCUCAUUGCGGUUGGUGUGCGGUGGAAGGUGCGAACGGCGAAGGCGUUUGUACCGAAGGAUCCAUCGAAUCGCCCUUGGACUAUUCAACUAGAACGACGUGUGCGGCCGUGUAUGCCAAUGCCCAUGAAAGUAAUAGCACAAAUGAUACAUUUUCCUGGCACUAUACAAGAUGUCCGCCCGAGAAUGAGUGUGAGAAUAAUCAUCAUCAGUGUAAAGCCGAUUCUGAGGUGUGUCGUGACCUUCCAACGGGCUACGAGUGUCUGUGUGGCGAAGGUCACAAGCGCGUUGGUGGCGUGUGUGCGGCCGUCUGUUCGCAAGGAUGUGUGCGUGGAGUGUGCGUACAGCCCGAUGUUUGUAGAUGUGACUUUGGCUAUGUGGGCGCCAAUUGUACUAUACAAUGCCAGUGCAAUGGUCACUCGCAUUGUGAAGGCCCGGAUAAACUGGAUAAGUGUAUCGAGUGUUAUAAUAAUACAAUGGGCAGCCAAUGUGAGAAAUGUAAGCCAAAUUUCGUAGGCGAUCCCACAGAUAACGGCCAGUGUAUUCCUUGUUCUGUGUUCUGCCAUGGACAUACAACGGUCUGUUCGAAUGAUGGAGAUCUGUUAACCCGUGACGUAAGCUCGGACCUGGAGGAUUACUAUAGAGAUACCAAAGCGAGAUGUGUUCGAUGUGCUAAUAAUACGGACGGACCGAGGUGUGAGAGGUGUAUAGAAGGUUACUUUAGAGGUUCUGAGGACUUUAGAGAUGCGUGUCGACCUUGCGAAUGCCAUGGCCACGGAGACACCUGUGACCCAGUGACUGGUGAGAAAUGCAAUUGUGGAAAUAACACAGAGAGCGAUGCGUCUUGUCAAACUUCAAGCUCCAGUAAAAACUCUGCGCAGGAGUGUUGGAGGUACCAAUGCGUCAAAUGUAAGGACCUUUAUAUGGGAGACCCGAGGAAUGGACAUCAGUGCUACAAAACCAUUAAUAUUGAAAAUAAGAUAUGCUUUGAUGGAAAGUCGAUUGAUGAAUGCAAAAUCAAGCCACGUCCCUUAUACCCAGGACAAACUGUAUUCGUCGCAGUUAACCCCCGAUAUAUGAAUGUCGAUAUACGCGUCAUCGUUGACGUCACUCAAGGAUCUGUGGACCUUUAUAUGAGCCCUAACGACAGCUCCUACGUGGUCUCAGUUAAUUCAUCGACCGGCCAACACGCAGUGGAGUUAGAUCCGAGCUAUUACAAGCACGAGCCAUUUCGAAAAAUGCCAUCUUUCGACGACCACAUACCAAAAAAGAAUAGAGUCACGUGGUACUAUGAUAAAAUCGAAUACGCCCUAGCUGAUUAUACGGCGAAGGAUUUGGCAACAUUCGUGACGGUUGACAAGAGGAAUGUGCUAUUGCGAGUGAGGAACCUCCGAAACCGACUUGUGUUGACCCUCCCACAAAAUGUUCACGAUUUGACCCAUACGAAGUUCUAUAUAAUAAUUAGGGCGAGGAAUACUGAAGAGGGCUCGGCGACGUUCGGUAUCGCAUUUUUCCGUCAGGAUCAGCUCCAUAUUGAUUUGUUUGUGUUCUUCUCGGUGUUUUUCUCGUGUUUCUUCUUGUUUUUGGCUGCGUGCGUUGUCGCGUGGAAAGCGAAGCAAGCCGCCGACGUUCGCAGAGCGCGAAGACGGCAUGUUGUUGAGAUGCUACAUAUGGCAAAACGCCCUUUUGCGGGAGUUGUAGUGUUAGUAUCGGGUGGUGGGAGGAGACGCGGGGAAGUCCAACCUGUUGCUAUUGAACCGACAGCUGAUGGUAGAGCAGCUGUCACAUCCGUACUUGUAAGGCUACCGGGCGGGUCCCGAGCCCCAGUACGCUUGGCUUUGGCGUCCGCGCUCGUACUUGUAACGCGCGCGCCCGCACCACGCCAACGCCCACGACGGCCGCUCACAUAAUCAGUUUCAACUUCGGAGCACAGAACAUCUACUUCCCUUUUAACUUCAAACUGCAAAAUAUUUAUUUAUGAAAACAGCUAAAAAAACAUUUGGGAACUUAUCAGUUCGUAACAAAAUAAGAUGUACCUCUAUGUUUCUUGUGGUCCAGACCAUCAUUCCGUUACCAAAUCGCCAUAUCAACCCACAAAGUUCUUGACGGGCUUAUAAAUCUUUGUGCUUUGCUGUAUAAAUUAUUUUGGUGUUUAGAAAAUUUUUAAAUUGUUUGUUGUUUAUAUUUAGACAAAUCGCUGGAAUUUAUGUACAAUUUUGAAACUUUUUAAUUAGGUGUGCUGCUAAUAAAGGUAAGUAUACAACAGUUUACUUUAGGGAUACCGAAAUCGUACACUGAUUGAUUUUUUAUGUCUCAUAGUGUAACUAUUAUUUAAAUAAUAUAUGUAUACAAAAUUAUCAUAUCAACAAAUCCCAUGAAAAGAGCCAAAGGAAUCAAAUAAUUGCGCGAUAGGGUUGUGAAUAGCCAAUAGUAGCCAAUACUGUUGAGUUGUUUAUUUCGAAAUUUUAUUAUGCCAUGUUGGAAUACAUUAUUAUUAUCUUAUGGCUUGUUAUUACUACAUACAUAUAUAUUUAGAAACUAAAUAAUUUUAAAUAUUUGUAGGUGUGUUAUUUUAUGAUUUUAGUGAAUCUCUUUGGUGUAUAUUUCUAGAUGCAGUGGUUUUCUUUCUAAAUAUGAGAAAAUAUUGUUAAGCUUCUAUCCCAAACAAGCAGUACAUAUUUAUGUGUCUAUUUAGAUCAUUCAUCACUUAAUAAUAAGGUACUUUGUUUGGUUAAACUAUCUUGGAAUGGAAUUUAUUAGUGAGCACAUUUUAUUGCUUUGAAAUUCUAAUUCUCUAAACCUGAACAUAUUUUAAUAAAUGGAAUGAUGACCACUUACAUAAAAUUUGUUAAAUUAAGUUCUUCAAUAAUAUUUUAGUUUAGCCAGUAAUCAUUGAGCACAUAAUGUUUUAAUUUAAAAAGAAUAUAUUUGAUUGUAUGUUAUAACACUAAUAUUUUUUCAAAAGCUUCUAAAGCAUAAAGAAAUUUAAUAUUCUCAGCAGCAUAACAUGGGAAACAGUAUUGAAUAUAUGAAAUUUAAAUUGCUCAGAAUGUAAUUGGCAGUAUUGAAUAAAUGAAUUAAGAAUAAAUUAGAUUAAAUCAGAUAUUUUUAAGAGAAAUAAAACUAUUAGAUGUAAAGUAAGAGAGUACUGAUAUUAUUUGUAGUAAGCUGUUUGUGAUCAGAAUUAUGAAUACCUAAUGGUACCUUCAAGUCCAUGAAACAUUCCAAUUGUAUAUAAAAAAAACUUUACAUUUCUUAUACAAAUUAACCUAAUUGGCAGGCAAAUAAAGCUUUAAGUCUUAUAUAUUAUAUAAGAAAUCUAUUUGCUCAUUUCUAUUGUGUUUUACAAGUAUUUCAAAGGCUGCUUCUCUUAUUAAUGAUAUUUUUAUUUUAUAUGAUGAGUAAGUUUUUAUUUAUUUGCCGUUCUUGAGUUGUUUUAUGUACAAAAUGAUAUUAUUUGUGUUUUUAGAUUUUACACUUCAAGUACAAUAAUUUAAAGAUCUUUUAUAUUUGUUUAUAUUAGCUACAUAUUUUAGAUCUGAAUGUAAACAUUGUUUUUGCAUGAAAUGUGACUUUUAAGAUCUACUCAAAUAAUACUUGCUCAAAUGUAAUCAAUCAAUUUAUUUUCAUAUUUUUUUUUAUGAAAGCUGAUUUUUGUACAGGAGCAGUGCAAUAUGAAUUAGGUGAAAUCUUUUAAUGGAGUUAAGUAAAGUACCUUCAAUAUGAUUUCAUACAUUAUUAGUUCAUCAAUAGAAUUAUCCACAUUUAUGGUACUUUUCUUACAAUCCAUUCCAAAGGUUCCAUUAAGAAAAAUGUAAAUACAUGUAUUAAGAAUAUUUGCCAUAAAAUAUUUAGUCGGAAUAUUAACCUUUCUCAAUAACAUGUCCAUGACAACAGCAGUCGUGACAUUCAGGUAAAUAUGAUAUAUUAGCAGUAUUAAAUAUGUAAGCAAUAUGUAUUUUUGGUUAAAAUGUUUAUAAAUAAAAUAUACUGUUGGUU